AUGCAUCGUCCAAACUAUACAACAGUCGUCCUUGACUUGAGCGGAGUGCUCCUCAACUACACACCCAACACAGUCGGUGUGGCCUCAACCCAAAUCAAGAGUGCUCUCGACUCGCCACACUGGCAUAAAUACGAGAGGGGCAAAGUCUCCAGGCAAGAGGCCUAUGGACAAGUCACCCAAACCUUCAAGAUUGACUUGGAGACCUGGACAGAGGCCCUGGAACAGAUGAAAGACGGAAUGCAACCAAACAAAGCACUGAUAUCUGCCAUCAAACACUUGGAGACCGCUUAUUCAACAGUCAAAAUCUGUUGCCUGUCCAAUAUCCCAGGACCAGAGCUUGCUCUUCUCGAGGAUGAGAUUGAGGGAUGGGGGAGACCGAACGAGGGCGAUACGUGGAAUUAUUUUCAUGGUAGUCCUACGUAUGAUGGCACAACAUAUCCAGAUGAUCCCGACACGACGUGUUUGGCAAUGGCCAUGAUAGAAGAUAUGUCUAUGGAACGAAAGGUCAAAGCGAGGGGUGUGAUAUUAUCAUACGUCAAUCAAGACAGUCUUCCGGAAGCUUGGUUUGAUAAGAACCGCCCGCGAUUCUGCCACUGCGUCUGCGCCAAUGUCUUUCGCUUCUUCAUAAUCAACUGUUGGUCCGAGAAACUCCCUGGUGUCUACGAAUAUCUCUGUCACGUACUUGAGACAAGGGCAUUUCUCCACGGCAGCCGCUACUACAAGAUUCCAGAUUGGAUCCUAUACAUUCUCUCCGACCUCUGCGCCAGAUGUCCAUCUGACGAAAAGCUUCAGAGGAUGAGAGAUUUACUUGUUGAAUGCGUACAGGAGCGCAUGGGGUGUGAUGGUAAUGUCCUUGCUGCUGCGAUGAGAGUUGUAAGUGCUCAAUCAUUGGGUCUAAAGAAUGAUCGAGAUCUUAGGACUUUGCUGGAGAGUCAGCAGCUUGAUGGUGGAUGGGAGCUGGCCUGGUUGUGGAGUUAUGCGACGAAGCCACUCAAGAUUGGAAGUCGAGGUGUUGUCACUGCUGUGGCCAUGGAUGCGAUUCAGCAGGCAUUGGUCUAA